AUGGAUCUUGGAGAAAUUGUUGUGGCUGAAAGUCCAGCUGAGAGGAACCUAUAUGCAGAGAAGCAGCCAAGAAGCCAGGACAUGCUGGGGAAAAGUGGAAAACAAAUCCACCAAGUUUUCAAGUAUCUCACAGGAGAAAUGAAAGAAUAUGGAGAGUGGAUGAAAAAUAAACCCUUCAUGGUUCAGCUGGUGGACUGGAUCUUGCGAGGCACCUCUCAGGUGAUGUUUGUCAACAACCCUCUCAGCGGGCUCAUCAUUUUAGUGGGGCUUUUUAUCCAGAAGCCCUGGUGGAUGCUGACGGGCUGUGUUGGAAUUGCCACAUCAACGUUAACUGCUCUGGCUCUCAGUCAGGAGAGAUCAGCCAUUGCAUCGGGACUGCAUGGCUAUAAUGGGAUCCUGGUGGGAUUGCUCAUGGCUGUCUACUCGGAUAAGGGAGAUUACUACUGGUGGCUUCUUACCCCUGUGGCAGUUAUAUCCAUGGCCUGUCCAGUCCUGUCCAGUGCAUUGGGAUCUAUUUUCAGUAAAUGGGACCUUCCUGUGUUCACUCUGCCCUUCAAUAUUGCGGUGACUUUGUACUUGGCAGCCACAGGACACUACAACCCUUUUUUUCCUACGACCCUCAUCAAGCCUAUAGCAUCAGUGCCCAAUAUCACCUGGUCUGCAAUCAAUGUGCCUCUGCUCUUGCAGUCCAUCCCAGUUGGUGUUGGUCAAGUGUACGGUUGUGAAAACCCCUGGACUGGAGGCAUCUUCCUUGUUGCUUUACUCAUCUCUUCCCCACUUAUUUGCUUACAUGCUGCAAUUGGGUCUACAGUUGGGAUGCUUGCAGCGCUGAGUAUUGCAACACCAUUUGACAGCAUCUACCUUGGCUUACACAAUUACAAUUGUGCUCUCGCAUGCAUUGCAAUUGGAGGCAUGUUCUAUGCCCUGACCUGGCAGACUCAUUUGCUGGCCCUUGCUUGUGCAUUGUUUUGUGCCUACUCUGGAGCAGCUCUUACAAAUGCACUAUCUGUGCUUGGACUACCACUCUGUACCUGGCCUUUUUGCUUCUCGGCGCUUCUCUUUUUGCUGAUAACCUCAGACAACCCAGCCAUCUACAAAAUCCCUCUCUGCAAAGUCACCUACCCAGAAGCCAACAGGAUCUACUACCUGAGAAUGAAGAGAAGAGCAUCGGAGAGCAGAAGAGAAGAGCAGAAGCGAAAGGAGCAGAAACCUUCUGGCGACUCAAAAAUAAGCACAGGAGGCACUCCUUUGUGCACCCCCAAAAACAGCCGCAAUCACUGA